CUUUUUGUGAGGAUGCCGCAAAUCCGCAACUCUCACGCGGUGUGAAUCAAAUAUAAGUGAAUCCUGCAAAAUGUUCAAAACAUCGGUGAUAUGUUGUAUGCUGGACAUCCUUCGUUUGUUGAUGAAAUUGCCAGGGACAGAGUGCCAACCAAACUGUUUCAAAAACUCCUCUUACAUAUUUUCGAAAGGCAAAGUUUACAGGUUUUAUAACAAAGAAGUCUGCUCCAUCUUGGGAGGUUAUUUAGUCUCCAUCGAGACUGAGGAAGAAUGGCAGUUUAUCAAUCAUGAGAUUCAAAAGCGUGGUACUUGGAAUACUUCGACUACUAAUGCGUGGCUCAUUGGUUUGGAGAAGAAAGACGGGGUUUGGAUAUGGAAGAGUGGAGAACAGCUGAAUAUUUCGAAAUGGCGAGAUUCUGAGCCAAAUGUGAACGACGAAAGGGCGGAAAUAUCCAUGAACAGAGGCCUCUUUAAUGGUAUCUCUCGGAACGAUAAAGGAGAUGCCUACAUUUGCGAGAUGCCCGGAGGCAAACAAAGUGAUCUGAGAGAGAGAAAGAGAGAAUGAAUAAGUUAUCAAUCGGCUUGAUUUGCUCCAAAACGAUUUGCUUAAAAAUACUGUCCAGCCGGCAAAACGAAAUACAUUUAUGAAAAAUGGCAAUAAAGCUA